AUGUAUGUCGCUGAUUCGUCGAAUCAUCGUAUUGUGGAAUGGAAAUGGGGUGCGACGAGUGGCCAAGUGGUUGUCGGCGGAAAUGGACAAGGAAGUGGAGCUCAUCAGUUGUAUAACCCACAAGAUGGGAUUGUCGACAAAGAGAGAUAUAGUCUCUUCAUCUGUGAUUAUUCGAAUAGAAGAGUGGUUCGAUGGCCCCGUCGAAAUGGGACAAGUGGAGAAACGAUCAUCUCGAACAUCGGUUGUUUGGGUUUGACAGUGGACGAGAAUGGAUCUCUCUAUGUCACUGACAAUGGAAAAGAUGAAGUGAGACGAUAUCGAAGAGGAGAAUCUCCAGGAACAGUGGUUGCAGGUGGCAAUGGAAGUGGAAAUCGUCUCGAUAAACUCUCUUACCCACACUACGUAUUCGUCGAUCGAGAUCACUCAGUGUACGUGUCUGAUGUGGGAAAUCAUCGUUUGAUGAAAUGGGUGGAAGGUGCAAAACAAGGCAUUGUCGUGACUGGUGGUCAAGAACAAGGAAAUAGUCUUUCACAAUUGUAUUAUCCUCAAGGAGUCGUUGUCCAUCAAUUGGGCACUGUCUAUGUGGCUGAUUACGGGAAUGCUCGAACCAUGCGUUGGCCCAAAGGAGCCACACAGGGAAGUGCCAUUGUUGGUGGAAACGGUAGUGGAGGACAAUCGAACCAACUGUAUUGGCCCAUCGGUUUGUCAUUCGAUCGACACGGCAAUCUCUAUGUCGUCGAUUACGGAAAUCAUCGAGUACAAAAAUUCAAUAUCGAUUCAAAUGCAUAGGACUUUCUCGGAUGCAUCUGACUAUGUAUGAGUAUGAUGCAAAGCAAGAGCAUGGCGCCAAUCUAUACUCACAGCCAUAGCCUCGAAUCCAAUACCCAUACCCACGUGUUUUUGCCUGAAAUAAAGAAGUCCGAUAGUCCUAUAUUCAAGGAUUUCACACCAGUAUCUUGUUUUCAUCCUUUCUGCUAAAGUAACGAACUCUAUGUUUGCAGAAUUUCAGGCCAUUAACUAAUAUCAAGGCGCUACUAACCGUCAAGAACUUUAACAAACCGGAGCAUUAGAUAGAUUUCGUUCCAUUUAUCACUGUCAAAAAUUAUCGAAAAACUAAGAAAUUCAAUAGUUCCUCGCCGUUAACUGCUGAAAAUUCCAGGUGUGUCAAGGAUUCGCACUUGUUCGACUCUGUUUAUGAUAUACAGAUACCUGAUAAAUCGAAGACUUCCAACGAUUUUACAAGCUUAAUUUGUCAUACAGCCUCUUUUGUGAUCAAGAAAUCUAACAAAUCAAUGCUCUCCAUGAAUGAGCCUUAUUUUGAAUUCGCUUGUCGGCCUCUAAAAGGUACGAAAAAGAAGCCAUAUAUCAACUUAUGUGUUGCUAAGGACGGCGUCUUUUCUUUCAUCUAUUGUUCUCUCUUUUUCAAUCGCUUUGCUAGUAUCAUUUGAGCACGGCACUUAGCUAAUAUUGUUCUUUUGAUAUAAUGCCAAGUAACCGUGAUAGUAUGGAUAAAAUGAUUUUGAGAUAGAAUAUUACUAUUUUUCAAAUCACAUCGGUCGAGAUUUCCAUUACUGGUGAGCACGAACGAAAAAUAUUCUGUGAUUGAGCCCAAAUCGACAUUAAAUGGUCUUUUAUGACCAACAGUAGAAAUGGCAUCAGACGAUAACAAAAAUGACAUACUUGCUUAGAGGAAUAAAUGUGAAUGUGAGGCAACAAUCAAGACAACUUUUUCGGGUCUCUUCGUACUUAUUAUUAUUCUAACGAGAUUAAAAGAUGAGAGGCCAACAUACAUGAAUCACUAAUUGAUUUGUGACUGGUAGAUUUGUUUAACUCAAACAGACUUGAACUUCACUGAUUUAUCUAAUUUAUUUGAAAAAUUGUCACUAGAUAAGCGAAAAUUAUUUGAAACAAUUAUGCGUAACGGAUUUACUGGUCAUACACUCAUCGCCAUAUGCAUGCGAUCGAUCUCUGUAUCAUCAUAUUCUUCAUUCUAUUCUUCUGUUCCUCUCUUUCUGUUGCGCGCACAAAUAUGAAUAUCCCUAACGGCUUUGGGUUAUUUGUGGUUUAUUCUUUCAUAUAUGCAUAGAAGAAAUACAACAAAAAGAUGAAAGAAGGGGACAGAGGAGGGAGAUAGAGCCAAUAAUGACUAGUGAAUGAUAUACGAACAGGGGUAUUGAUACGUGUGUACGGAAAAGAGAGAGAGAGCAAAGGAAGAAAAAAGAGAAGAAUGUGAUGAUACAGAGAGCGACCGCCUACAGCGAUGAGUGUAUGAUCAGUAAAUCCGUUGCACUAUACUAUCUAUUGAAAGAUUUCGUCAUGAUGAUUAUAACAUCAAAUACCACACCGGUUUUUGAACUAUUGCAGAUAAAUUAAAGGUGUUUAUUUUAGCUCUAUAAAUGUAUAUGUCGAUUUUUGUACGAUAAUGACAAGAUUUAUUUCUGUACGUAAAACUAAACUUAUGCUAGCAAAGCGACUGAAAAAGAGACCAUUCUUAGUAACACAGAAGUUGAUAUAUGGCUCCUUUUUUGAUGCAUUUUGGUAGUCGAAAAUCGAGAACGCUAAGAAAUUGAAACCUUCCAAAGACUCUAGUCAAUUAGAACUUCCAAGCAGAGAUGUGCGAUCCACGGGUUUCGCCCCCGUGGGGUCACGUGGCGGCGGGCGGGCACGGGUAUCGUUCGACAUACGGGC